AUAUACAAUUUAUCAUAUACAAUAUACAUACAUCCAUACUUACAUCCAUUAGGUACUUGCAUACAUAUUUACAUAGGUACCUACCUACUUACACACCUCUACCUUAUAGAUAAUAAGCCUCUUCUACUCCUAGGUACCCCCUCAGGACAUAAAAAUAAAAAUAAAGAUAUUUUGUAGGUUGAGUACAGCUUCCCAUAUCCAGUCUCGCUCUCAUACGAAACCACCACGACUUGUCCAUCAUGUCGUCGUCGCCCGAAUCGUCUUCGGACGAGUCGUCCGCCACCAUAACGGAAGAACAACCUCCUCGGCAUGAUGUGGAAGCACAGACACCAAACGAGAAGCUAUCAUACUGGCAUCGCCAGUUCGAUCUGCCCGGCGUUACUCCCGCGGUGAUGGAGUGGAAAUACAGGGGAAGCGGGACGACGGACGACCCUUUCAUAGUCGACUUCCUCCCCGACGACCCCAAGAAUCCGGUGAAAUUUUCUACGGCGAAGAAAUGGGGUAUCACGGCUUUACAGGCCAUCGCCGUGCUUGCAGUCACGUUUGUCUCGACGGCUUAUUCGGGGGGUAUCGGUGAGGUUGUUCGCGAAUUUAGGGUCGACGAGGAAAUCGCUAUUCUGGGUAUCUCGCUUUUUGUCCUCGGAUUUGCUGUAGGGCCGCUGUUAUGGGCUCCGUUGUCUGAGAUGUACGGUAGACAAUUGCUAUUCUUCAUUACGUAUGGAUGCUUAACCGCGUUCAACGCCGGCGCGGCGGGAGCCCCAAAUAUUCAGGCCCUUAUUAUUCUCCGCUUCUUCGCUGGUACCAUCGGAAGUUCGCCCCUGACUAACUCUGGCGGAGUCAUCGCCGACAUGUUCACCGCUAAGGACAGAGGUUUGGCUACUGCUAUAUUUGCUACCGCUCCUUUCCUCGGUCCAUCCAUUGGCCCAAUCGCUGGUGGUUUCCUCGGCACAGCAGGAGGAUGGCGAUGGGUUGAAGGUCUAAUGGCAUGCUUCACCGGCCUCCUGUGGUUUAUCUGCACCUUCCUCGUCCCUGAGACAUACGCGCCCAUCCUCCUCCGCAGACGAGCAGAGAAGUUAUCAGAGAUGACUGGAAAGGUUUACGUGUCCAAGCUCGAUGCCGGCAAGCCCAAGAAGACCGUUGGUCAGGAGUUCAAGAUUGCCCUGUCUCGUCCCUGGAUCCUACUCUUCCGCGAACCAAUCGUUCUUCUUACUUCGCUUUAUAUGGCUAUCGUGUACGGAACUCUAUACAUGAUGUUCGCCGCCUUCCCAAUCGUCUACCAGCAGAAUCGUGGGUGGUCCGCAGGUGUCGGCGGUUUAGCUUUCCUGGGUAUCGCUGUCGGUAUGCUAGUCGCGGUCUCGUACAGCAUCUGGGACAAUACACGAUACGCGAAGACCAUGGCAGCUCAUGGAGGGAAUGCCCCGGCCGAAGCGAGGUUGCCGCCCGCUCUACUCGGCUCUAUCCUGUUACCCGUCGGGUUAUUCUGGUUCGCGUGGACUUGCGGUCCUAACGUCCACUGGAUCGUAUCCAUCAUCGCAUCUGGUUUCUUUGCUACCGGGCUAGUCCUUGUCUUCCUCAGCUUGAUGAACUAUAUGAUCGACUCAUAUGUCAUCUACGCCGCCUCUGUCCUAGCCGCGAACUCCGUCCUCCGAUCCAUCUUCGGCGCCGCGUUCCCGCUAUUCACGACGGCCAUGUACAACAACCUGGGGAUCCACUGGGCGAGCUCCAUCCCCGCGUUCCUCGCCCUCGCGUGUCUACCCUUCCCGUUCCUCUUCUACAAGUAUGGCAAGAGUAUUCGCAUGAAGUGCAAGUUCGCCGCCGAGGCCGCCAAGGUCCUCGAGAAGAUGCGCACGAGAAACGACCACAGCGUCCCACCGGGUCCGCCAGGUUCGCCGGUGAAGCCCGAGAAGUUGGAGAAGUCGGCUGAGGAGUCGAAUUGAGAGAAAAGAGGUGAUUUGAGUUAAUGCAUUUCAUACACAUCUAAGCAAUAGUAUCAUGGGGCGAACGAGAUGGGUUAGACUGCUAAUGCAUAUCAUAUGAUUUUGGAAAAAAAAAAAAAAAAAAAAAAAAAGUAAAGUCAUUUUAGGCAUGCUAUACACAUGGCAGUAGUUUAUCGUCUAUCGUCGCGCAGCGUUUGGAUAGAAUAGGGCGUUCUCGAGGAAUAAGGAUAAUUUAACUAGGCCACGACGACAUGUCGAAUAGAGCCCUGGUAGCUAAGAGAUUUGGCCAUAUAGUUAAUUACAAACCUCUACUUUGACCAGUAGUAUGAA